AAAAGGAUGACGUAUUAUGGAAGUGACCCGAGCACCGUUGAUAACCCCGCGACGUGUAGUUUUCACGUGCUUUGGUUCCUGGCAGGAUGAAGUUGGAGCUGUCCCUCGUGGUGCAGGGCUGUCGGCUAGGCGUGCUGACGGGGCUGGGCAGGGCAGGACAGCACUCCCUGGAGGUGCCUGGGUGCCUGCUGUACACCCGCUGCGGCACGGUACCACACCUCACCCAGGACACUUUGCACACACUGAACAACCUGCCCUCCAUCACACAGCUCACCCUGGACACGCUAGCAGAACACCAAGAAGUAUUGGAGGAGUUCAAGGAGGGAGUCAGGAAGUUUGCAGGUCUUCAUGACACAGUGUUGUACUGCUCCCUCCACGACCCUGCGACCUCAUGCCCCCCAGGUCACAUCACCAACAAGACGGUGUCUGUGUGGGGCAGUGGCGGUCGUAUCGAGCUGACGGUAGCUAAGUUCAUGGCUCUUCAGAAGGCUGUCCAGCCAGACCUGUACCAGAGCAUGGCUGACGGAGAGACUUGGCAGAUCAACACGUCUCGCAAGAGGGUCCGCAAGUCAGUGGACCGCACCCUGGCCCACUUGGAUGAGUGUCUGCUGCUGCACCACAAAACACAGGAGCUGAGUGGGGUGGAGGUGUUUGGGGUGGUGGAGGGAGGGGAUGUGCUGGAGGAGAGGGUGCGGUCGGCCAGGGAGACGGCCAAGCGGCCAGUAGGAGGAUUCUGUCUGGACGGCCUCCAUACUGCAGCAAUGGAGCAGCACCUCCGGACCCAGCUCAUCACCGCCAUCAUCAAGGAGCUGCCUGAGGACAAACCCAGACUGCUGCAGGGUGUGGGGCGGCCAGACGAGGUGUUGGCGUGCGUGGAGGCUGGAGUGGACCUGUUUGAGAGCUUCUUCCCCUUCCAGGUGACAGAGCGAGGCUGUGCUCUCACCUUCCCCUUCAACAUCACCACUGACCCAGAGGCAGCAGGUACAGAUGUACAGGCACCCCCAACAGUUGUGGAGUUGGACAAGUCGGAAGCUGAUGUAGGUCAGAAGAAUGGAACUGAUAAUCCCCAAGAAGACCAAACCAAGAUGACUCCAUUUGAGAUCAACCUGAAAGAUAAGAGGUACAGAGACGACUUCAGUCCCCUGGUGGAGGGGUGUGGCUGCUACUGCUGUAGGAACCACCAGAGGGCGUACCUACACCACCUGCUGGUGACCAAUGAGCUGCUGGCUGGAGUCCUGCUCAUGCUCCACAACACGGCCCACUACUGCGCCUUCUUCACCGCCCUGAGGGGGGCGCUGGCCAGCAACAGGCUGGACCACCUCAAGAAGAGAGUACUAGAAGGACGAGGCAAGGGGGUGAACAGGGAGGGGGCUGGGGAGAAGGAUGGGUAGGUUUGUUGGAGAGGCUGGGGAGAAGAUGGAAUGGAGGGGAGAGGAAAUGGAAGGGUUAUUGGGAAUGUGGGAGGAAUGGAGGGAGUGAUCCAGGUGAAAGUGUUGGGAGACCUUUCUCUCCGUCCUUGAGGAGGAUCUGUGGGUUUGACAGGUGGCUAGAUGAAAGCAAAGUUUCCGUUUUAAUUGCUCUCACCUACCCAGUCAUGUCAGAUCAGUGAUUACUUUCAGGCAGUCAGGAUGCAUUUUGGGGAUUCCAAGGGGAAAUUGGCUUUGCAGCGGGGCGGUAGUCAUCCGUAAAAACAACAGGCAUGUCAACAAAUAAAAAAGAUAUGACAGGAGAGGGAGGAGGAGGUGAAUGGGUGUGGAGGGCCAGUGGAAAGGGGGCCAGAGGGAGAAGAAGGGAAGAUGGAAUUACAAGUGAGAGGCAGAAAGAGCCAAGGAGGACAGUUGUGUAUCGUAUCGAGGUCAGCAGAUAAGUAAUGCCCCCAGUACUCAUUAACAUAACAGGAAGUGGAGCACGGACCAGUGGGACAACAAACAGCCCAAAUAGAGUUUGGGGAGAAAUGGCAGGAAACCUCCCUGGCCCUGCUUCUGCCUGAAAUACGUUAACAAGACAACGUGUUUCCGCUGAGCUUUGGUGUGUGGCCUGGCCUUGUUGCCAGUCUCUCUUGCUUUCUGGAUUGCUUUUUUUACAUUGUUAGUUCUGGGCAAUUCCACAGUAACAAAGUGAUGCUGAGACUACGAUUUUUCAAACAAAAAACAAUGAUUGCAAAGUUAAACUAAUGAUACAGCUCUGCACGAGGACUACUUUUAACAAUUUCCAGAAAGAAUUUUACAAAAACACAUUUACUUGAAGAACAGUGCAGAUGCAACGUUUGGUAACAGAAUGACUGCUCAAACAACGCAAACCGUCGUUCUGUUACCAAACUUUGCAUCUGCACUGUUCUUCAACUAACAUUGCAAUCAGUUGUAUGGUUUAACAUUGCAAUCAGUUGUAUGGUUUAACAUUGCAAUCAGUUGUAUGGUUUAACAUUGCAAUCAGUUGUAUGGUUUAACAUUGCAAUCAGUUGUAUGGUUUAACAUUGCAAUCAGUUGUAUGGUUUAACAUUGCAAUCAGUUGUAUGGUUUAACAUUGCAAUCAGUUGUAUGGUUUAACAUUGCAAUCAGUUGUAUGGUUUAACAUUGCAAUCAGUUGUAUGGUUUAACAUUGCAAUCAGUUGUAUGGUUUAACAUUGCAAUCAGUUGUAUGGUUUAACAUUGCAAUCAGUUGUAUGGUUUAACAUUGCAAUCAGUUGUAUGGUUUAACAUUGCAAUCAGUUGUAUGGUUUAACAUUGCAAUCAGUGGUUUUAGUUUAACAUGCAUUUUAAAGUGAAGAAAAUCGGUCUCGGCGUUACCGUGGAAUUGCCCUUCUAUAAACACCUCUGAUGCUGUCAGCAUCUGUUUGUCAUUUACAUCUCCCUCUUUCUCUUUUUUUUUUUCUGUAAUUAAUAUUUUUCGCACCCAGUCAAGUAUCUGAUGAACGAUGGGAUGGGAUUUUCCCACGUCUAAUAAAUUGAAUGAGAUGUGCUUUUUA